CUUCCAAUUUUCUUUGCAAUCUGUCACUGAACUGAACUACAAUACCCUUGUACCCCUUUUACAUGCAACCCCAAACUAUUUAUUUGUUUAUUUGUUUUUUUUCUGCCCACUGUCCCAUUCCAUCUUCAUUCAACUCAAUUCAGAGCUUAUAGGAUUCUCGAUUUAAAAAAAAAAAAAAACCAAACCAGUUCUUAUAUUCCAACAUUCUAAAAAAAACCACUCGAUGCCCUAACCAAAACCCAUCAAUGUUUGGUUGAUUCUUCAAUAUUGAUAUGGAGGCAGUGGCUGAGAACCGUAGGAUGAGUGGACUGAAAAACCACCCAUCGAAAAACCCUAACAAACAAACAACCCCAAUUCCCAAACCUCAACAACCGAACGAGUUCCCAUCCCACCUUGACACUCCGAACGUCUCAUCCACAGCGCGAACCCUAUGCAAUAUCCUAACCCGAACCUCUCCUCAGGACAUUGAAAACGCCCUAUCCUCCUGCGGCAUCCACCCUUCCGAAGAGUGCAUCCACGAGGUGCUGAAGCUGUCCUAUAACUACCCGUCAUCGGCCGUCAAGUUUUUCCGGUGGGCCGGAAGCAUUAAAAAGCACUCGGCCCACGCGUGGAACUUGAUGGUCGAUUUGCUGGGCAAGAACCAGCUUUUUGAGGCCAUGUGGGAUGCAAUUAGGUCCAUGAAACAAGAAGGGGCUCUUUCCAUGAACACUUUUGUCUCCAUAUUCAGCAGUUACUGCACUGCGGGUAGGUUUAGCGAGGCCGUUAUGAGCUUCGAUGUGAUGGACAGGUACGGGAUUGUGCAGGAUGUGGUCGCCCUGAACUCGCUGCUCAGCGCGAUUUGCCGCGAGGAGAAUCAAACAUCGGUUGCUGUGGAGUUCUUUGAGAAGAUUAAGGGGAAGAUUACACCGGACGGGGAUACAUUUGCUAUAUUGCUUGAAGGAUGGGAGAAAGAAGGCAAUGCUGCUGCAGCUAAGAGCACUUUCGGCGAGAUGGUGGUUCGUGUUGGUUGGAAUGAGCAGAAUCGCGCUGCUUACGACGCGCUUUUGAUGACUCUCGUUCGCGCUUCGCAGAUUGAUGAUGCUGUGAAGUUCCUUAAGGUUAUGAAGAACAAUAGCUGCUUCCCAGGUUUGAAAUUCUUUACCACUGCUCUUGAUAUUCUUGUCAAGCGAAAUGAUGUGGUUAAUGCUAUUCCCAUGUGGGAUGUCAUGGUUGUUAGUGGAUUAGUGCCUAAUUUGAUAAUGUACAAUGCUAUGAUUGGGUUGGUUUGCGACAAUGGUGAGGUUGAUCAUGCCUUUCGGCUGCUUGAUGAGAUGGUCCUCCAGGGUACUUUUCCUGACUCUUUAACUUAUAACAUGAUUUUUGAAUGCUUGGUGAAGAACAAAAAGGCUCGCGAAACGGAAAGGUUCUUCACUGAGAUGAUCAAGAAUGAGUGGCUGCCGACUAAUUCUAAUUGCGCUGCGGCCAUCAUGAUGUUUUUUGAUUGUGAUGACCCUGAAGCAGCGCAUGAGGUCUGGAAUUACAUGGUUGAAAAUCAUGUCAAGCCACUUGAUGAAAGUGCAAAUGCAUUACUCAUUGGUCUUUGUAAAUUGAGUAGACUGACCGAGGUGAGAAGGUAUGCUGAAGACAUGCUCGAUAGAAGGAUUAAUAUAUAUGAAUCUACAAUGAUGAAGUUGAAGGAUGCGUUCUAUAAAGAGGGUAGGAGUGCAAGAGACAGAUAUGAAAGUCUUUCCCGUAGAUGGAAAGGCCAUGUCAAGUUGUAAUCUAGAAAAUAUUUUCUUUUAGUUAUGUUUUAAAUUAUUUAUACUCAACCUACAGUAUCAGAAACAGGCAGGUUUUGCUUGUUCUUGACUGUCUUGGUGUUGCCUUUAAGAUAGUGUUCUACAAGUUUCAUCUUUGUCAGUCCAUGCUAGCUUUCCUUUUGGUAAUCUUUUGUUCCAGCAGUAUUUUUUCCUGUCUAAUUCCAUUU